GGUGGCUGUUCCCUUUAUAGCGCUCCCCUCCCGCCUGAUUCACCCCUGCACUCAGCGCUGCGGCUCCAGCCUCAGUCCCCGCAGCAACGAUGGAAGUUCUCAAUCAGCUGGUGGCUGGGGGGCAGUUUCGGGUCAUCAAGGAACCUCUGGGCUUCGUGAAACUGCUGGAAUGGCUCUUCGCCAUCUUCGCCUUUGGCACGUGCGGAAGCUACUCGGGGCAGCUGCGGGUGAGCGUGGAAUGUACCGAAAACCGCAGUCACAGCAACCUUGAUGUCCCCAUCGCCUACCCCUUCAGGCUUCACCAGGUGUACUUUCGGGUACCGAAUUGCCAGGGGGGGGAGCCAGAGAAGGUUUUCCUGGUGGGCGACUACUCAUCCUCUGCUGAAUUCUUCGUCACCGUUGCUGUCUUUGCCUUCCUCUAUGCCCUGGGUGCCACUCUCGUCUACCUCUUCCUGCAGGACAAGUAUCGCCAGGGCAACAAGGGCCCGGUUAUUGACCUGGUGGUGACGGGCACCUUUGCCUUCCUGUGGCUGGUGAGCUCAUGUGCCUGGGCCAAGGGCCUGGCCGAUGUGAAGGCAGCGACAGAGUGGAGCCAAGUACUGGAGGGGGCCAAGACCUGCCAGCGUAAGGAAGUUGUCUGCCACCUCCUGCAGGCACCUGUAACCUCUGGCCUCAACACCUCUGUGGUGUUUGGCUUCCUGAAUCUUGUGCUGUGGACAGGCAAUGUGUGGUUCGUGUUCAAAGAGACAGGCUGGGGAGCACCGUUCGCCCGUGCCCCACCUGGUCCCCCUGAGAAGCAGGCAGCGCCUGAGGCCUAUGGUGCCCCUGACCCCUAUGGUGUUCCUGACCCCUACGGUGCUCCGGGUGGCGGCUACCAGCCAGACUACGGUGCUCCUGAUGCCUAUGGUGCCCCCGCUGCCCCAACAGCCUUCGCCAACCAGAUGUAGCUGGUCUCCAGCCCCAGCAGGGGGCGUCGAGAUGUGCCGCUGCCCCCCCCCCCCCCCCCGCAGCCCUGGGGGGCCUGGGGCUGGAUCGGGACCCUCACAACUGCCCCCAGGCCCCCCAACCUUCUGUACCCCCCCAGGCCUUCGGGAGUGUGGGGGCGGGGGGGAGACGCCCACACGUGGGGCACGCAGGGGAGGGAUGAUGGAACCCUGGCGCCCCGCACCCCCUAGCUCUCUAUUUCUCCGUGUCUGUUUUGUGCCGUGACUGUGACUUUGGGUUUGUGGCCCCUCCCUCCCAAUAACCCCCCACCCCAGUAUCACCCCCGCAGGGGGCAUGAGGUAGGGGAGAUCAUGACGUAAUUAUUAAGUUCCCCCCCCCCCCGGCUGACCCCUGGCCCCCUUGACAUGUAUCGACCAAAAAAGACAGGGGAAAAGGGGAGCGAGGAAAGGAAUAAAAACUGUCGAAUAAAGAAGAGGGGAGAAAGGA